UCAAGCCGGUCUGACGGAGAGGGUAGCAGGGGUUGAAACUCCAGAAGAAACUGUUUACAAACUACACCUGCGUCAAAGUCAAUUUCACUGAUCAAUGCUUGUCUGUCUCUGUGCUAGAGACUGAUACGAUUUGGAGAUGGGGAACGAAAAGCAGUCUUCGCCUCGUCGCAAAACUGUUCAAGACGAAACCCUGGUAGUGAAGUUGAUCCAACAGUACUUCAAGUAUGCAGGGCUGGUCUUGUUGAUAUGGCUAGUCGGAUAUUUUAACUUCAGCGUAAGCUGGCUGCUACUCGGCCUUGUUGUCUAUGUGUGGAAAGUGAAAUACCUGAGGCACAAGGAAAUGAGAGUGCAAGUGGCACAAGAAACCGCAAAAGAUGAGAGAGCUGCUAUUUUAGCAAGGAUGGAUGAUCUACCAUCAUGGGUUAUCUUUCCGGAUGUUGAGAGAGCAGAGUGGAUGAACAAGAUCAUAGACCAGAUGUGGCCAUAUGUAGGGGACUAUGUGGUUGACUACAUCAAGACUAGCCUGGAGCCAUCCAUCAAGAAGAGUCUACCAGGCUCACUCCAGUCCUUCAAAUUUGUAAAGAUGGAUUUGGGAGACAUUCCACCUCGUAUUGGAGGUGUAAAAGUUUACACAGGAAAUGUCCGUCGAGAUGAAAUCGUUAUGGACUUAGAGAUAGUGUACAGCAGCGAUGCCGAUUUCUCUGUUAAUGUAAAAGGCAUAAGUGCCGGAUUGAAAGAUCUUUCGUUGCGGGGGACAAUGCGUGUGGUGAUGAAGCCUCUGAUUGGUGUGAUGCCUCUGAUGGGUGGAGUUACAGUCUUCUUCCUCAAUAACCCUGUCAUUGACUUCAAUCUCACGAGUUUGGCAAAUGCUUUUGACAUCCCAGGCUUGAAUGACUUAUUACACACAAUUGUGUCCGAGAAUGUGGCAGCCAUGAUGGUGCUGCCCAAUCGAAUCCCGGUGGCCCUGGCACAGAACAUUGACCUCUCCAAACUGCGCUACCCUCUCCCACAUGGUGUAAUGAGAAUUUAUGCCUUGGGUGCCAAGGACCUGAAGAAAGCAGACAUCGGCCUUAUGGGAUCAGGUGGCAAGUCAGACCCUUAUGCUGUCAUCCGAGUUGGUGCUCAAAGCUUUAAGACUAAAGUUAUCAACAACACAGUUCAGCCAGAAUGGAAUCAAGUCUUUGAGGCGAUUGUUGAUGAGAAGAAUGGUCAGUUCCUGGAAGUUGAGCUGAGAGAUGAAGAUCCAGGUAACAAGGAUGAUUACCUGGGCGGUGUAAGCCUGGACAUCACUCCUGUGGCAGAGAAGAAGCUUGUGGACUCUUGGCUUCCUUUAGAAGAUGUGAAGAAAGGUCUGGUGCAUUUGAAGCUACAGUGGCUCCAUCUGGUGAAGGAUCCGUUAGCACUUGACAGGAUAAUUCAGCAACUGGAAGAAGAGAGAGAUGAUGAGACAUUGUCUUCCUGCAUGCUGUUUGUCAACCUGGACUCGGCCAGGGAUCUCCCACGCCUGAAGAAGUCUCUGGCUGAGCCGUGUCCAUUUGUCCAGAUAAACCUGGGACAGAUCAAACAGGAGAGCACCGUCAAGCAGAACACAAACGAACCUCGCUGGGAGGAGAACUUCAGAUUCUUUGUCCACAACCCUAACUUCCAGGAUCUGGACAUCACUGUGAUGGAUAAGAAGUCAAACUGUAACCUGGGUAAACUAAGCGUCCCUAUCAAAUCCUUGCUGACAGCCACAGACAUGACCUUGGAUCAGAGGUUUAAUCUGCGAGAGUCAGGCUCCACCAGUCAGAUUGCACUUCGUCUUUGUCUACGGGUGCUGAGCUCUGAGGUCAGCUCCGAGAUGCUAGAUGAGACUGAGGACCUGAUGACCUUGCCUGAAGCAACCGCACAGACACAAGCUGAGAGAGCGGCAGCAGGGGCGGGAUCCUCGUCCAAAACCCCUGGCACCAGCGUGGAUGCUCCAAAAGACGGGCUUGUGCCUGCAGAUGUACCCGCUGUGGUUGAGGAGACUAUCCCAGCAGCAGCAUCCCAAGGAGCGAUGAGCAGCCCAGACUCUGACCUCAGGAAGAGGUCACCAGCAGCUUCAGGGUUAACAGAAGGCGAGUAUGGACUAGGAAAGAUCCAGAUUACCAUUCGCUACAGCUCUCCCCGACAGAAGCUCAUUGUGGUCAUUCACAAGUGUCUGAGCCUCAUAGCUUGUGACAGUGACCACCUGUCAGACCCUUAUGUCCGUAUCUACCUGUUACCCGAGAAAUCCAGCCACAACAAAAGGAAGACCCAAGUGAUUAAGAACAACCUUAAUCCAGUCUUUGAUGAGACAUUUGAGUUUGACGUGAACCCUGGGGACUUACCUAACCGCUCCAUGGACAUCGCUGUGAAGAACCACAAAUCGUUGUUUUCCACGAGCCGCACUAUGAUGGGCCAGGUGUACGUGAACUUGGCUGAGUUCGACACCUCCAAAGCAUCAACAGAAUGGUUUGAUUUGCUGCCCGAAGAUGGUGACAAGACUGGAGAGAGUGAGGUGUAGUUGUGUUCACUAAGUUAAAGAGUUUGGAACAUGUGUCUGCUGACCAAUGUCGUCACCAUGUCAAGCAGCUACUUGUGAAUAUUAUGAGAUUAGUUAACAUAUCUAAGCUUGUUGAUGUUUGCUAACAGAAAUAUGUAGUUCUCUAAUGCAUAGAAAAUGUACCAUAUUAGAUGUGACAUUGUAGAUAAAUCGGAUUGUUUAUUUCUGGAGAUGUUUUUACAAAAGUAUAUGUUAUUGUUAGUAGUUUUGUUUUAUAGUUGAUAGACUGCUUUUCAGUGGAAUGCAAAAGAAGUUUUGAGAUUAGGUUGGUCCUUUAUGUGUUACCAGAAGAGACACAGUUUUCUCUGUGUCUUCAUGGAAGUGAUGAGAGUGCCACUUUUGGCAGCCAAUUCAUUUAAUAUUAAAGGCGGUGUCCAAUUAAUCUUUCUCUGGAGUGUAGUAGUGCGUGAUGAGUAGGUUGAAAAGUGUUUGAGAUAUGUCACAUUCAUGGCAAAUAAGUACAAAAGUCUGUUCAUGGCCAUGUCCCCAGAAUGUGUUCACCCAUUUAAUCGUAGGGCAACUGUCUUGGCAACAGCGUUAAAACAUAGCCUGGAUGCUUUCUCCUGAGAAAUGAUACUUGAUCGGAUUACCAUUGCAGUCGGUGGAGUGUUCAUUCAUGCUAUAAUGUGUUUACCAACACUUUAAAAAAUGGCAGUUUUCCGACUUAAGGUCGAGCAGCGGUGAUUGUGGCAUAUCCAAAUAUCUCUCAACUCCCUGGUCAGUGUACUCAGACUAUAGCAAUAGUGCAGAUUUUUGCGACCAGGUGAUCUGACUCAGUAGCACACAAUUGCAGUUUGUGAUGACCUGUUGAUUUAAUAAGGAGGGUAUUAGUGACUAGUGCUCAUGACAUCAGCAGGCUAUACUCUCUGUCUCAUGUACACAACUGGUAUACACCGUGGUUAUGCACCAUGAACAUGAUCAAAGUCUUCACCAUGAACAAGGCUUUCUCAAUGUAUAUGUGAAAGUCAGUUUAACUCAACCUCUUUCCAUGUACUUCCAUUGCAAAUGUAGCUGAAUUUCAGUAUGUGCAAACAGUUUCAUUUUCUCAUUGCCUGUGUUAUGAAUUCUUGUGCUGUGGUCGCACAAGCUUUCGUUAUGAGCUAUUCAGGAUUCAUUUACACAAAGCUGUGUAAGCAUGAUUUCAGUAACAAGUAUACGCAUUCGUGUAUUUUAGCCGUUUCCCCACGUUUCUGUUAUAAUAUGUAUUUAUUAUUACUCGUCAACUCGCCCUUUUGCUUAGUUAACUUUACACAGCUACAAGAUGUUCUAAGCUUUCUAGGAGCUUGACUGGUACAUGGACGUUGCGUCAGUAACUGCCAUUUCAUCCUCUCCUUUCUGCCUUCAUUUCGUGAUGACAUUCAGCAUGUUGCUAUUCAUGUUGAACACAAUUCAUUUGUAUUUCUUAUGCAUAUCACUGAAAUCAAAGGUGCUGGUUUUAACAUUGCUAAUGUUUUACGUUAACCUGUAAAUGUGAGAUACUUAAUAUUUUAGAUGCAAAAUGUUUGUUGUAUUUAGGAAUGAAUACAUUUGUAUUUAGGUCUGAAUACAUUUGUAUUUAGGAAUGAAUACAUUUGUAUUUAGGAAUGAAUACAUUUGUAUUUAGGAAUCAUAUACACUGUGGUUUCAAGGCAGAUUUUAUGUGCACAUGCUGUGUGAGUUAGCUUUAUUUUUCGGCAUAAAGCGUCUUUGGAGAACUUUCGAGCUAUUUUUUAAACUAUUUAGAUGUUAUUCAAGGUGUUAUCAUGAUACUUGUGAUAAAAAACAACUCCUGUACAUAUUACUGAUGCAUAAUCCUCAUUAAGCAUAUCUUCUUUUUUAUAAAUAUAUACACAGCUAAGUUUUUUAUUUUUACUUUGCCCAUUGGCAAUCUGCAAUGUGAUUAGCUGUUGGUUGUGUGUUGCUGGGGACAAUUUUCUAACUUCAGAUAUAUCAGUGUUCCUUUGUGCAUUACUUACAAAAAACAAAAAAAAAAGAAACAAAGGUUUGGUUUGUUGAGCGUAGUGAUCAUUGUAGAGUAAAUGAGUUUUUUUUGCAUAUGCAUUAUUACACAGCAAAGAUAGAUAGAUAUUACAAGUCAAGCCCAGGUGUGACUGUCACUGGGGCACACUCCUUGUGAGUUAUCAAGCCCAGGUGUGACUGUCACUGGGGCUCACUCCUUGUGAAUCGUCAAGCCCAGGUGUGACUGUCACUGGGGCUUACUCCUUGUGAGUCGUCAGGCCCAGGUGUGGCUUUCACUGGCGCACACUCCUUGUGUGUCGUCAGGCUUAGGUGUGACUGGCCCAGGUGUGACUGUCAAUGGGGCACACUCCUUGUGAAUUGUCAAGCCCAGGUGUGACUGUCACUGGGGCUUAUUCCUUGUGAGUCGUCAGGCCCAGGUGUGACUGUCACUGGGGCUUACUAAUCGUCAAGCCCAGGGGUGACUGUCACUGGGGCUCACUCCUUGUGAGUCGUCAGGCCCAGGUGUGACUGUCACUGGGGCUUAUUCCUUGUGUGUCGUCAGGCCCAGGUGUGACUGUCACUGGGGCUCACUCCUUGUGAGUCGUCAGGCCCAGGUGUGACUGUCACUGGGGCACACUCCUUGUGAAUCGUCA